UUGAACUGCCCGGUGGGUCGGGGAUUGCGUUGUGCGUUGUCGGUUCCGCGUCUUUCACAUGCCGUCAACAACGUCAGUAGUUGGCAGUGUGCAUUCCGAACGUUGUUUGCUGGCACGCACCCGCUAAUGUAAUUGUGGCAUCGGGUUUCUCGUGUUGCACCGUGUGUGGUGAUUUCCCAGUGAGAGUGUAAAGCGCAGCAAGCUAAUGUCAGUCGCGAAAAAAAAGCCGAUUUCUAUCGUUCGACCGUAACCAGACAAAUAAACAACAAAUCAAGCCGGACUGCCAAAAGCGCGGAUGCAUGUCGAGAGGUUGGAUUACCUGUCUGUGAUGUUUGAAAUUUGGAGAGACGUUAACACAGAUGGAUUCGGAUUACUGCUCGUCUAGAUUGACGCGAGAAAGCAACACCAGUGAGCGGAGAAGAAGAUCAAGAAGCAAUAGCUAGACUAAAUUUAAACCGUCUCGCGGUGUGACACAGAAGAGCUUUCUUUCUGGUUUCUCUGUCAAGUGAGCGUAUCGAAAACGAAAACGAAAAGAGAAAGCAAAAGAAGAAAAAAAAAGUGCGAAGAAAACGGGCCACGGGCAGCAGUUAAUUAGAGCAAAAGAAGAACCGUUUUCGCAGUGUAUUUAUUUUUAGUAGUCAAUCACUUUUUUUCUAGUGUGAAAUAAGAAGAAAGGUGGUUUUUCUGAAAGCACCGAACAUAAACACAGUCAACAUUCUGGGUUUUGUUUUUUUUUGUAAAUCUUUUCAAUGUGAAGCAAUAUGAAUCAAGUGUAAUGAAAUCAAGCUCUCAGAGUAAUUGUGUGUUCGCAAUUAGUUGAUCGUGAGAAAGUGAAAAAAAAAUCGGCAGAGCGUGAUCCAAAGUUACCUCGUAGUGUCACCAGAUGGUGCCACGUGCUCGAAGAGCGUGAGUGUUGUUUCAUGCUCCGAGCAUCUCCCUGUCUCCGUUAUGGAAAAUCGUGUGGAAUAUGUUUACGAAUAUCCGGCGCAUGGAUUCAGCAGUCAUAGUUAGCAGUAUCUAGCUAUUAGCUAUUAUCCUUCCUCUUGGUGCUACCACGAAUACUGCACAACUGGUCCCAAACAAAAAAUAAAAAUAUAAACAACAGCAACAAAACAAAACAAACAAACUUUCAAUCGACUGCACAACAAUACGAACCGUUCUCCGAAGACGCGUCUCGAUUUCGGUUUUUUUUUUCUAAUUUGUCUUGAAAAUUCCUUACACUUACAACUCACGAACAUCGCACUGUCGCCAACCGUCGACUGACUACUACUCAACGCUUCCGGUAUUUGGGCGGCGAUCGAAAACGCCUCCAGAUCAGCCCUAGUCCUCAGUGGCUCAGCAUCGAACGACUGCCAUCCAUUUGGAGCUGGCGCUCGGAGGUUUUUCCGACGCUUCGUUGUGGCUAGUUGUAGUAGGUCUAGUUGUAGUAAUAAUAGUAGUGACCUAACUAAACUGUAGUGCUAGUAGUAGUAGUAUACCGUAGUUGUGGUAGUCCGGUAAAAGGCAACACUGUCUCUACUAACAAUUCAGUUAACAAAACCCGUCUCGAACUUAGUGCAUCUACUAACUAACUGACAGUUACACCUACUCCUUCUCCGAGAUACGUGCAAAACCUGGUCACUUCUAGCUCUAGAUUAGUCUUUGACAUUGCUAGCACCACAUCCACUAAGCACCACUCCAAAAACCAAAACCACCACCACCACCACCAGUACUAAAAUCAUCAGCAUAAGCACCAAAACCACCGAGCAUUCCGCGAAUCGAAACUGUAACAAUGGCAACGGGUUUCAGUGUAUGCCGGCUUGUAGCGCUCAGCAUCGGCGUCCUGCUCGUGUUAUCAACGGCAACAGCGUCAGUAAAUAAUGGUGGCAGUUCCGGCACUCCGGCGAAUCAGUCAGUCUUAGCGACGGCAACCUCCAGUGGGCUCCAUUCCGAUGACGAAAUCGUCUGCCAGGACGGUUUGCUGCUGUCCGUCUGGAGACCACAGGAAAACUUAACUGCGGGCGAUCGCAUCUCUCGUGGUCUGGUGUACUUCCUAGCAAUGAUCUACCUGUUCAUCGGUGUGUCGAUAGUCAGUGACCGAUUCAUGGCCGCUAUUGAAGUUAUAACCUCGAAGGAGAAGGAGGUCAAGGUGAAAAAACCGAACGGCGAAGUACAGAUUGUCGUCGUUCGUGUCUGGAACGAAACGGUUGCAAACCUAACGCUGAUGGCACUAGGCUCGAGCGCACCUGAGAUUCUGUUGUCAGUUAUCGAAAUCAUAGCGAAAAACUUCAAUGCAGGUGAUUUGGGUCCCGGUACUAUUGUGGGUUCGGCUGCCUACAAUCUCUUCGUUAUCAUCGCAAUUUGCGUCCUGGUUAUACCAGACGGGGAAGUGCGCAAAAUCAAACACUUGCGUGUAUUUUUCGUAACAGCGACAUGGUCGGUAUUCGCUUACAUCUGGCUUUACCUGAUCCUGGCCCAGAUCAGUCCUGGUCGCGUGGACGUCUGGGAGGGUUUCCUGACGUUCCUGUUCUUCCCUGCUACCGUAAUAACGGCCUACAUCGCUGAACGUAGACUAUUGGUUUACAAAUACAUUGGAAAACAGUAUCGCAUGAACAAGCGUGGCGUGAUCGUCCAGGCUGAAGCAGAAUCGGCACUUGAGAUGAAUAAUCGGGACGAGAAAUUGAAUACUAUCGAUGAGAACGGCGGCAUUACGGAGGAUGUACGCGACUUCGAGGAAUCGCGUCGUGAAUACAUCUCCACGUUAAAGGACCUUCGCAAGAAGUAUCCGCAGCACGAUCUCGAACAGCUCGAGGUGAUGGCUCAGGAACAACUGAUGAAUAAGGGACCCAAAUCACGAGCAUUCUACCGUAUCCAAGCGACUCGUAAAAUGAUGGGUAGUGGCAAUAUAAUGCGAAAGAUUUCCGAGCGAGCGCAGUCCGAUCUGAGCGAGGUUAAGGCCGAACUGCAGCGCGUUGACGUCGACGAAGCUAUCGAAGAGGACUCCGUCUGUAAAGUGUUCUUCGAACCGGGGCACUACACGGUCAUGGAGUCGGUUGGUUCGUUCGAUGUUCGAGUGGUGCGUCGCGGUGAUUUGUCUUCCGCGGUAACGGUCGAUUUUGAAACGGAGGACGGUUCGGCCGAAGCCGGUUCGGAUUACAUUGGCAACAAGGGUACGCUUUCGUUCCCGCCCGGAGUCGACGAGCAACGCUUCCAGAUCGAGGUCAUCGAUGACGAGGUGUUCGAGCAGGACGAACACUUCUAUAUCCGGCUGAGUAACGUUUCGGAACCGGCCACACUGUCGACCCCGAAGGUGGCCACCGUUAUGAUUCUGGACGACGAUCACUCCGGUAUCUUUGCCCUGUCCAGCAAGGAUCACGAGCUGGUCGAGUCGGUCGGUGUGUACGAUUUGAAGGUACAACGGUACAGUGGGGCCCGCGGUAAGGUACGGGUACCGUUCUGGACCGAGGACGGCACCGCCAAGGCCGGCAAGGACUUUGAGGAACAGCGCGGUGAACUGAUCUUCGAGAACAAUGAAGUCGAAAAAGUCAUUCAGCUUAUCAUCGUGGAGGAGGGAAGCUACGAGAAGGACGUGCUGUUCUACGUGAAUAUCGGCGAGCCACAGCAAAUCGGAGAUGAACUCGCAGGACUCAUCGAGGCGGCAGAAGCGAAACCCGCCGAAGAACUGACGGAGGAGGACAAGAUGGCGCUACUCGGCAGGCCCAAGGCCGGUGAUAUUGUCAGGGCACAACUUAGGAUAAAAGAGAGUAAAGAAUUUAAGUCACUCGUUAGAAGAAUUGCAAUCCUUAACACCGUAGAUAAGCUAGUUCAGCGAGCAAAUGCUUCCCUUCUGAUCGGAACCUCGUCAUGGAAGGAACAAUUUGUUGAAGCAGUGACCGUCAGUGCAGGAGACGACGACGGUGACAACGAAGGCGAGGACGCACCAACCCCCAGCUGUUCGGAUUACAUAAUGCAUUUCCUAACCGUAUUUUGGAAGCUUAUCUUUGCCUUUAUUCCACCGACAGAUAUCGGCGGCGGCUAUCUUUGCUUUGUGGUUUCCAUCUUCUGCAUAGGUGUGGUGACGGCAAUCAUAGGAGAUGUGGCAUCACACUUCGGUUGUACCCUAGGUAUUAAGGAUUCUGUCACUGCCAUUAUCUUCGUUGCGAUGGGUACGAGUAUACCGGACACAUUCGCCAGCAAGGUUGCUGCCAUUCAGGAUAAAUACGCCGACGCUAGUGUUGGAAACGUCACCGGCAGUAAUGCCGUCAAUGUGUUCCUCGGUAUCGGUCUUGCCUGGACCAUCGGCGCCUGCUACCACGCCUUUCAUGGGCGCAAUUUUGAGGUGCAGCCCGGAACACUGGCCUUCUCGGUGACCCUGUUCUGUACGGAGGCUUUCAUCGCGAUAUUUGUGCUGAUGUUACGCCGAAAUCCGAAGAUCGGCGGCGAACUGGGUGGUCCCAAAAAGCCGAAAUACCUCACGGCCUGCGUCCUGUUUUCGCUGUGGGUCAUGUAUCUGGUGAUGAGCAGUUUAGAGGCAUACGGAGUCAUCAAAGGGUUCUAAAAUGCUGCUGCUGCUGCGGCUUUUGUCAACGCAAAACAAGCUGACCAGGCACCGCACACAGGCACACACACACACGUACAGACACUUACUCAUUCGCAGCACCGACAGUAUAUCGAUUCCAUGUUAUUUCCUGCUUCCUUUAUACUUUGAAUCGUCCAUGCGAAGAAGAGCACAUCUCCUGGAGGAUGAAACCAUAAAUUAGUGUGCCAACCAGUAGGUACCGUGAAGAAUAACCCAACGUGUUAUAGCUAUCGACCAGACCAGAGUCAAAAAGUCAACCAUUUGUUUAAGCUAUUUAUUUGAAACUUGUAGUGAUUAAGAUGGGACACUUGUUAUCUACUAAGAAGCGAACAGCAACAGAAAACAGUUACUUAAAAAACCGGGUUUUGUCGAGUGGAAAACCUCCAGAAUAAUACUAAAACCAUUCACGGGACAUCGCAAGUGAAUCACAAGACAUUUUAGUUUACUAGCUGUAUUGUUGAUAAUUUGUAAGAGUAUAUUAAUUAGUGAAGUGGAAGCUGGAGGCUCCUCGAGGACUAGGUUCCUGCGACGGUGGAUGCCAGUUUCCACUUCCUUGCUCUGUUGAACCGACAACCAAACAAAAUGAGAAUGCCAAAUUGUUAAGGAUUACGACUAUUUAAGGAUGCAUCUAUAUAUAGAGAGAGACUGUACAGAUGAUGUACUGUUUAAUUAGGAUAAUAAAUGAUACCAACAGGUUCGGCUAUUGAACAAAAACUAGUGCGAAUAAUAAGAUAUUCUGAGACGGAUGUGAGACGUAGACAACUUUUAUGCCGAGAUUGGCUCUGUAACUGCUUUGGUAUUAGGCUUUAGCAUUGAUUCUAGUCAAACCUUGAAUGUAUUUUCUUUUGGUGUCACACUCUCGCGAUUUCUGUACUGUAUAUAGAUAGUUAUACUUAUCGUUUACCGGUUCUAUAGAUUUUUGAUUUUUUCACUAUCCAAGUCAUAGAAGUGUUGCCAGAACACCGCAAUCUACAAUCAUGCGCCUACUUCGAUCACUAUCGGUAUGGAAUGCAGACGAAAACCUUUAUUUAUGAAGAGCGAUGAAGACAUAUCUUAUGUGAUGAUUUGUAGCGAUUGCUUCUAGCUUCCCAUUGUCUUAGAGAAAGGGAAACAGAGUCUGCAAGUUGCGAAUUUAAUUACAUAUGAAACAAGGAAAUUAAAUGGUCCAACAAUCCAGGUAGUAUCAAAUAGCGUUUAGUGUGAUACUCACCAGUCAAAACCCAAUUUACAGAUUGGAAUUUGUAUGUACCAGUAGCAACAUUCUGGUCGAAAUUUCAGCUCUCAUAUCAUCGCCACGUACUGACGCAUUUAAAAUGUUUUUUUAUUUCUGUUUGGAUCGUAUUUUCUCACACGCGAAAUCGAAGGAAACGUAAAUCAGUCUGAUGAUAGUUCGUUUAAAAUUUAGAACCUUUUCGAAAAUGACAUUAAAAUUUAUCUAGCAGAUAUUUCCGUACCGAACAAAAAAUAAGCAUUAAAAAUUUGGGCUACACGUUCGUCACAUCUGCUCAAUUGAUUAGCGCCAUAACUCAGUUUAAUAUUUAAGAAUUUUUCCCAAUUUAAGGCGAGAGUUCAGCUGACAGAAUGAGAUUUUUUAUGUUUUUAAUAAAAUUCUACUUUUCUGAUUUCAUGUCAGUGCAGAGUAACUGCAUAAAACUACAAAAAAAAUCCUUUCAGUUGAACCAAAGUUACUGCACACUUAGAUAUAGUAUUGGUGUUCGGUCAAUUUUUUACCGAAAACUUUCGGUAAAUAUCAGAAAUGACAAAUUUUCCAGCGUCUAAAACAUUUCUAAGGCCAAUAUCUUAAUCCGAAAAGCCUUCCAACUUUCGAUCAAAUACAUAAUCGUAAUAAACAUUAACCUUACCGAACCGUCCGUUAAUGAUUUUGCGUUUACAUAAUUGUUCGGUAGCUUUUGACAGAUCAAUAAAACGUUCAGUGCCGAACACUUCGCAAUCAACGAACGCACUCUUACCGAACAGUUAAAUACUCGGUAAAAAAUUACCGAAUUCCGUCGAACAGUCUAAGUGUGUAGAAUGAAAAGUUAAACUUUCUUACGACACUUCCACCCAACUGCUUUACCAACUGAAACAAAUACCGUCAGAAAACAAAAUCGCAACAGUGAAGAUAUUAACUGGAUAUUCAACUUGCUCUAUACGAUCGGCGAGUUUAAUGAUUUUGACAGACCGCAACUGUCAGUUUUAGUUUGUUGGUUAACAAUAUGCUACAAUCGAAAAGAUAAUCAGAUCGGAAAACAAUUCAAUCGCGCGAAAAAAAAAGUUCUUAUUCUUCCAUUUAGAAACCACGUUAGGGGUAAGAGUAUUUAGUUGUUAAAAGUCGGUUAAUCACUUUUUAGACCAUUACACACGUUGUCGAGUAUAGAAAAAUGAACAAAACAAAACAAUAUUGCUAAGAGAAACGUCCACGCCACGUGUAAGCGAGAAAAACCUCUAGUUUUGUAUAAGUAUAUUCUAAAACAGCGAAACAGCGAAAUCGUUUUCAUAUGCCAUAGCAGUGUAUUUAAUUUAGUUAACAGUAGGAAACUAGCGCUACUUACAGACAAAACAAAUGUUCGAAGACGAAGGUAGGAACCGUUCUGGUUCUAAAUGGCCACACACAGUUUCUGGAAACCGUCACCAGUGUUAUCAAGACAGAUUUGUUUACGAAAUGCUUGUCGCUCGUGAUCUUGCAGUGAAUCAUUUUAUACACCGAAACUUCCUAAGUGUCCCGAAGUGUAGCGUUUGAGAAAAUUAUAGUCCUGCUACCGAGACCCCAAAGUGAAAGUGUAUAUCAUUUUUCCCUCGCCUGCCGGGACGUAGAUAAUUUGAAGAAAACAAUUUGUUACACUGCAGAGUGCACUGCGGUAUUUCGUUGUUUGUUGACAGAUUCACUUAACCGUAAAACAUGGAAAAGAGAAAUUUAGAACAGCAAUUAAUCAAGCUAACUGUUUAGAGAACGAAUGAAAGAGAUCAAAAUAAAAUCUAUAUUUUUAUAAGAUACACACAAACAGAUGCAGCAAAACGGAUUUAGAGCAACAACCACCUGAUUGUGAAAAAAUCACUCUGUUGUUAAAAAAAACAAAACAUUUUUCCGAACAUAACAACUCUAAAUGUUCCCUUCCUAAUCCAAAAUAGCAAAUCUUAUUCAUACCAAUCAAUGGAUCAUGUUUGGUCGCCUAGAUAUACAGAAAAUCGAAUCCCUUCGUACUUCAACUGUAUGUGACAGUAGAGACCUACAACACUUAACAUAAGAAUGGAAAUUGCUGUUUAUCCAGUAUGCCUGUUAAAAUUAUGCUGUAAUCAAUCGUAUAGGAACGAAUGUUUGAAACCGAAGGUAAGCAACCAAAUGUAACUAUCUUCCAACUAGAAAGUGGAGCAAAUAUAUCGAACCCAAUCAAACAGAAAUCUAUCAACAGUGUACUGAAUGUCGUACUACUAGUUACUAGAAAAAGAAAAAAAAGGGAGUAGAGAAAAAAUACACUCCUAUUUCCGAUCUACCUAAGCUAAAUCGAAUGUACGUUUUUUUUCUGUUUUUUCUAUUCUAAUCCUUCUAAACCGCUAGUCAGUAAACAUUACGACCACACAUUCAACUAGAAGAAAAGCGAAAUUCUAAUCCUGCCCAUUUUUCGGCUAACAUAAUCAUGUACAUCAAAACAACAAAAAAAAAAUCAAUCAGAAUAGACACUACGCUGUAUAUCUGUUAAGGAAACCUCUAUUUGUACUCUCUUCCUUAGAAAUAUCCCCGUAGAUAUCACUUUCUCUUCGAUCUCCUCUAUCUAUACCAAUCUAUUGCUCAAAUCAAGCGUGCAAGAAUAAAAUUAAACAUUUACUCCCAUCAAACUUGACACAACCUUACCUAACAUAAUCCUUGUAGUCGUGACAUAACAAUGAAAAUGAGCAAACUACAGCCAAAAACCACGAAGCGCAGUUCAAGAAAUACACACAGAUCGGAAACCGGUGAAAAUACAAAAGUAUCCCCAUACAAGUGCUGUUAGAACUGAUGCAACAUCCCACCUCGGUUCAUCUACUGAGCGAAGCAGACAACGCGGUUGUAUCAAAACUCUAUAGUGAAACACAGCCGAAAACCAUUGUCAUGAUUGGGCUAAAGAAAAAAUAUAAAAAAAGAGUCAGAUCCUGAUGUGAAACAAUCAAUAAACAGAGCAAAAAUUCCGUUGGAGAGAUGAGUAACAGUAGAGAGAAAAAUACAAAAGUAAUAAAUUACAAA